CGGUGACAGUGGACAUUCCUGCCAGACACCACUAGUUGCUAUCAACUCAUUUGACAACCAUCUGGUAAGCGUCCUGAAAAUACUAAGAAGCAAUGGCUUUUUGCAUUAGCUCAUAUGGAUUAAACUCGAUUAUAACAAUGCAGAUGCUUCCACUUUAUCUUCCUCAACAAUCUGAACGGUUUACGACUUCACAUCCCAUUUACUCUCAACAAAUAAUUCUCCUUAAAUAUUUCAUUCUUUCCAGUUUUACUUUCUUCAUCUCUAUAUAUACAGUUGCGAAUGAUAGCAAGUUGAAGCCAAGAGGUUGCACACUGAAUCCUACCUGAGAAUUUUACUAACCCGAAAUGAAUUCUUAUCCAUCCCAAUGAAUAAACUAUAAGACAGCAAUCAGAUAUGAAUUAUAAAGAAAGUGAAGAUGUAUUGGGCAUACACUGAGAAGGCCGAUUGGGGACAUCAUGCACCAAGCGACGCCCUCGAGUGGAAUCCAAAGGGGAAACGACGAGUUGGGCGUCCGACGUGAAGGUGACAUGGAGGAAGAAAUGAAAGGUUGUGGGCAAACGUGGUGUCAGGUUCAAAAGACUGCAGAAAACAGAGUGCAAUGGAGGUGUGCUACUGAAGCCCUAUGUUCCACUAGGAACCCAAAGGAAAAAUAUGUAUGAUAUAAUAUUAGGCUAAACGACUAAUAGACACGAUUCUUUAAAGACAGAAAAUCAAUAAACCAUUCACCCUUCUCAAAACUGGGUAUGAACCUGUCAUCAGACAACUACGAUUAUAAUACAAGUACUAAUAAUGAUGACGAUGAAAAAUAUGAACUUCUGGAUUAUCAUAAUGCUAAAGGAGAUUUUAAACAACUAGGAUAUUCAUUAGACAGUCAUCAAACAGAAAUAAGCAGAACUACAAUUACACUAUCAAAAAAGAAGAGGUGUGCAGAAAAUGAAGAAAUAAAACUUGAUGAAAUGUAUGAUUUAGUUGCUUCGGUUUCAGCUAUAGAAUUGAUAAAUACUGACAAUACUAACUUAUUCAAAGAUGAUAAUGAUGAUGAGAAUGGUGUUGACAGCUUAACAGGAAGAGUAACGAUAAAACGGCUGAAUGAAGAUUGUUCAUUGAAAAGUGAUAAUUCUUGGAUAAAAGAAUUAGACACUGGAUACAACAAUACAAAUAUCCAUUUUUAA